AGCGCCGGCAGCCUCUCACUCUCAGUCGCCCUUUGCUCCUCCAGCAGUGCAGCAGACCUUUUUUUUGUUGUUACUGCUGCUGUUGCUCAGAUUCUCUCCACUGGGAACUGUACUGGACGCUUUACCUCUGUUGAGGAUUGUUUCUGGUUCGGUUUUGGCACUGCAUCAUGGAAGCCAUCACUGUGGAAUAUUCGGACAAUUAUGAAUAUUACGACGACAAUGAAACUGCCUGUGACUACUCGGAGUGGGAGCCCUCUUACUCCCUCAUCCCCGUGCUCUACAUGCUGAUUUUCAUCCUGGGCCUGUCGGGCAACGGUGUGGUCAUCUUCACCGUGUGGAGAUCCAAGUCCAAGCGCCGGGCCGCAGACGUCUACAUCGGGAACUUGGCCCUCGCCGACCUCACUUUCGUCGUCACCCUGCCUCUCUGGGCUGUGUACACGGCUUUGGGCUACCACUGGCCGUUUGGCGUGGCUCUGUGCAAGAUAAGCAGCUACAUCGUUCUGGUCAACAUGUACGCCAGCGUCUUCUGCCUCACCUGCCUGAGUUUUGACCGCUACCUGGCCAUCGUGCACUCCCUGUCCAGCAACAAGCUGCGGUCCAGGGGCACCAUGCUGGCAUCCCUCGGCGCCAUUUGGUUGCUGUCCGGGAUCCUGUCCCUGCCCACGCUGCUCUUCAGGACCACCAUGCAAGACCUCAACAACAAUCAGACCACAUGCGCCAUGGACUUCAGCCUGGUGACCAUAAACCAGGGCCACGAGAACCUGUGGAUCGCUGGACUCAGCCUCUCCUCGUCCGCCUUGGGCUUUCUCCUGCCCUUUCUGGCCAUGACCAUCUUCUACUGCUUCAUCGGCUGCACCGUCACGCGCCACUUUAACAAUCUGCGCAAGGAGGACCAGAAGAAGAAGCGCCUGCUCAAGAUCAUCACCACCCUGGUGGUGGUGUUUGCCAUCUGCUGGACUCCCUUCCACGUGCUGAAGAGCCUGGAUGCCCUCUCCUACCUGAACCUGGCCCCGACCUCCUGCGGUGUCCUACGCUUCGUGCUGCUGGCUCACCCUUACGCCACCUGCCUGGCCUAUGUCAACAGCUGCCUCAACCCGUUCCUGUAUGCCUUCUUCGACCUGCGCUUCCGCUCCCAGUGCUUGUGCCUGCUCAACCUGAAGAAGGCCAUGCACGGCCAGAUGAGCUCCAUGUCGUCCACUCUCAGCGCCCAGACUCAGAAAUCGGAGAUCCAGUCUCUGGCGACCAAGGUUUAGAGACCGAGGCACGGACGGACACGUGGCUGCAGGACAGUCCCGGCUGGAACCACUGGAACACUUGUCAGAACCAAGACUGUACGUGCUGGUUGUUUAAAGCUGGUGAGGAGGCAUGGUGAACUUUGAACUUUUCCCCGCCUCCAGUCAUGAAUUCCAAUGUGUAUCCCUCCUGUUCUGCAACGAGAAGUUGAUGCUUUGUGUGUCGUUCUGACUUAUAAAGCCAGAGCCAGCUGGCUGAGCUCUUCGGCUGCUCUGGUCCUCAGAUUCACAUAGAGAGAGAGAGGGGGAAAAAUAAAAAGAAAAGUCUAUAUUUUUUUGUUUUCUUGUCUCCACAGGAGGUAUAAUUUGUGAACUGAAACCUAUAUACACUGGAUGAAACAUAUGGCUGUACAGUAUUUUCAUACCCUUCUGUCGUCCGCAUCUCUUUGCUGUGUUUUGUUUUCUAAGCACUUGUCGGGACUUAGUGAGCCGGGAGAUCAAACGGAAAGCCUGGUGGCAGAGGGAGGGAGGUGUAAGAGGAGAAAAGGUGUUGCAGCUUAAUUAUAUAGUUUGCGAAGAAGAAGAAGAAAAAAAAAACAAGGUGUGGGGUGAUGGGGGCAGUAGAAAGGCAGAUGGUGGUUGACAAAUGUUGUGGAACAGGAGCGGGUGGAGUGGGGUUUUCUUUCUUGGUGUAGCUGCGGCACUAAAAGUGGGGAAAUGCAAGCUGAUGUAUAUGUUGUAUUUUUUUUUUAACACUGUAACUAACUACUGCAUUAAAGACAUGUGCUCCAAACCUGGA